AUGUGGAGAUGUCCCUUCAGCCGGUCCUUCAGCAAGAAUGUCGACGCCUGGUACAGGGCGCAGGAUGGGGACCGCCUUUUCGCAGAGUCAACGCUAAUGGUGCACCCCUAUAUGGCGAUUAUGACUCCGUCGGAGGUGUUCACUGUAAUCACCUGCGGCUUCGCCACAUUGUCGGCCAGCACCUUGCCCGAGCUCGUGGACGCAGGCAUUGACUUGAACGACGUUGUGACCAGUGGAAUCCUUGGAUCCUUAGGUUCCCUUUGCUUAAGCAAAGUAUACCUUCCCGAAGUUGACAAGGUCAAGGUGAAGAGAGGCCACUUCAGCAUCAACAAAUCGCGGCAGCUGUGGUUCGCGGACGUGCUAGGCAGCGGGCUGAUGGUGAGCCUUACACUGGCCGGUUGCAUGACGGGCUGCCUAGUUGCUUUCGUCACGUUCUUCGCGUUCGCCGAUGGCAUCGUCAACUGGAUGGGCGAGGCCGCCGGCUUGCAAGGACUCAGAGCCGAUGAAGUGGUAGCUGGCCUGUUCCGACCGUUCGCGUGCGUCUUUGGGCUGCCCUGGGAGCACACGGAGGUAGUGGCACGGGUCAUAGCGCUAAAGGCAAUGCUGCACGAAACCGUGGCGGCUGCCUACCUCAUGAACCAAACGAGCAGAGUCGGGGUGCGGCAGCUUCGAAGCUUGGGCACCGAAAGCGAACACUCAGAUUUGUAG